GUUUUCCGAAACACAUCGAGCAUAUUCCGCUGAUGUACGUCGAACAGUGCUCACGUAGAGGGACCGUGCGCACAUUUCUUCUCCACACUAGUGUUUCUUCAGUGCUAUUCGCAUAAAAACGCUUUAAAACGUGUUCUAUUCAUAGUGCUUUCGUGAAUGUGAGUAAUUCCGUGCGGGAAAUUGAUCCUGCGUGAGGGAAAAGCACCAGGUGCGGUUUGUUGACACCUUUGUUUACCUUUCUGGUUCUGUGUGCGAGAUACAGCAAGAAGAAGAACCCAUGUUUUGUUAGCUAAUAGAUGUAAAUAAUGUAAGGGCCGGUGUGCCAUAUCUUAGCUUACCAGUUUUAAAACAUUUGCCAUAUUAGACGCAAAAGUGAAAAGUGCUGGUGAAAAAAAAGAAGCGAACAAAUAGCCGGAUGGUGAUGAUGGGUGAAAAAAGGUAGAAAAUCGCACAUCUCUACCAAGAACACUCACCAAACCGGCUUUAUGUUUUGUUUGCUCGCUGUUUCCCAUCGAGACACGGCUGUGUACCGUAGGAUUCACAUCGUGGCUACGAAAAUUAUUGGCAUGCCGGUGGAAAAAGGAAAACUCACGCUUACCUGCUUGCUCCUUUUUGGAACGUGUUCGUGAACGGUUCAAUUAAAAUUUGCCCGAAUUGCCCUCAGCAGUGCAGCACAACAUAUAGCAAACAUCCAUCAAUCGAUGUACGCUUGUGUUGGUUGUGUUGAACCUCCGGUCCUCCGGUGUAAAGAGAUCGUUUCCUUAACAACCGCACUGUUUGUGUAUGCGUGCGUGUGUGUGCGUGUGUGUGAGUGUUUUCGUCCGGCAGCAUCACCGUCGCGCAUCAUCUCAGCAGCAUCCGCACGCGAAGGGUGCGAGAUGGGAUAGGUAGAACGAAGCGACGAAGAGCAAGAACACGCAAGAAGAAAAGCAAAAUCCGCUUUGGUUCUUUGCGCGAUUUGCGUGUUUUCGAUCAUUUCGAUCUUUUGCGCCGAAGCUAACUUUCAGUGUGUUAAUUCGGCUUUUUUCUGCUAUUUGUUUGAAGCCAAAAAUCGUGACAGUUGGUUGAGUUUUUCGUACUUGCGUAAUUCAGCUAAGAAGCGCAAGUAGUACGCGCUUUGGCAAAAAAGUGAUCGAAAGUGAAAUGGUUCCAUUCUGUCCAUCUUAAAAUACGUUUGUUUUAUACUCAGUUCAGUGUAGGGAGAAAAAAUUGUGUUUCAGCCUGUUGUGUAAUGAUUAGUACGAGCCCGUGUAAAGUGGUUUUGUGAGAGGGAAAAAAAGGUUAAAAUUUGCAAAGGUGUGCAAAAAUCCCCGGUGUGUAUGCAUGUAAACGUGUAGUUUUCCCUGUCGUUCGUCACCGAUAUCGGUUCGAGUCGCUCUAGUGUGUUUGGGUGCGCCUGCACCAGCAGGGGGAAAGGGGGAGCAGAGAAGGCCAUAAAAAAGCAAAAUUCAAAAAGAAAUAGCAAAAAGUGCCCUGUGAGUGAGGGGUGGGCAAACGUGUCCCGGGGCCUCGGUGGUGCGUCCGGCGUCGAGACGCGCAUCGUGAGACGAGCAAAAAGGCGCCAGCACGAUGUACGCCAGCAGGAGAAGUGAUCGUUCUCGUCCUGGCUCUCGUUCUCCCGUAAAGAUCGACGGGUGGGAGCGGGCAGAAUAUCAUCAACAACUCCAACAACAACAACAGGAACAACGACAACAACGACAGCAUCGACAAGGCCAAAGAGAUGGUUGGGUUCGUCCAUCGUCGAUCAGCAGUCGCACGUACGCCAACGCGCAACUUCUGGUCUCACUUGGCACGUUGGCACUGUUGGUGACGUCGGUAACGGCGGUGAUGGCGGUGGAGGGUGUGUCAUUGACCGGGUCCGACAGUGCCAGCGUGCAAAUUUCAGGUGCAAGUGCAGCACGAUGGACGAAGGCCACCGAAACCGGUUCCGAACAUCGGAGGGUGCCCCGAUCGCAGUUUAUACCGGCCACGAGAAUCCGCGCAUCCGUAACAUCGACCGAAGAAACACCAGUUACAUGUUCACAAACACAGUUCACAUGCAUGAUGGAUGGCAAAUGCAUACCCGCUCUCUGGCGAUGUGAUACUUCUGCCGACUGCUCGGACGGCUCAGAUGAAGUCGGUUGUGAUAAAGCUCAUACAUGCAACGAAGGUAUGUUUCAUUGUAAGGUGUCCAAUCGAUGCAUCCCCCUCGAUUGGACGUGCGACGGUGAUGUAGACUGUGGUUUGGUGGAGAAGUACCACAUGGUGGACAACUCGGACGAAGAUCCGCAACUGUGCCGGGCGCACAACAAAUGUCUCCCAACGCAAGCCCUCUGUAGCGAUGGCAAAUGUUUGGAGAUUGAUCGGUUCUGUGAUGGUGGCUGGGACUGUAGCAACGACGAGCUAAACUGCUCCAGCAAUAAUACGGCGACGGCCAGUGCGCCAACGAGUGCGUGCGAUGCGCUCAAGUGUUCCUACGACUGCCGGCUAACGCCCGAAGGUCCCAAAUGCUUCUGUGCCAAAGACAGUCAGCCGAACGGGAAUGUCUGCGAAGAUUUCGACGAGUGCCAGAUCGAGGGUAUAUGCGAUCAGCUGUGCAAAAAUCAGCCGGGUUCGUAUCAGUGCAGCUGUACCACGGGAUACGUAAAGCAGGGUAACACCUGUACUGCUGUUAAUUUGCCCAAGGACGAACCAGCUUCACUUUGGUUUACCACCUUUAACAAGGUACAGAAAAUGUCUAUCAGUAACAGAACAGCGCCACUGGAAGGAUCUGUUCUUUCCAAUGACACCAGAGAAGGUGAUUAUCUUAAGCAGUUCUUCCCACGCAUUCGGGCCAUGGAAAUGGUGCAUCGAAAUCGUACGUUUUGUCUUGCGCGUAUCAAGGGCAAAUCAUUGUUGGAGUGCUACAGUGUGGAUAACACCUCACACAGCUGGACCAUGCCGCGUCCGGAUCUCUUUCCCAACCUCGAAGACAUCGUCGACAUACGGCUCGACUGGGUGUCAGGCAACUGGUAUUACCUUGACCAGCAGCGGGAAGUUAUCUUCGUCUGUUCCCCGCAGAUGGUGCACUGUGCGAUCGUCGUGGAAGCCUUAUCCGAAGUACUUCGACCACGGCGUAUGGCUCUCGAUCCCACCAAAGGGUUUCUGUUUUUCUCCAAAUGGGGUAGCGGUGAUGUCAGCAUCGAACGAUCACUACUCGACGGUACCAAUCGGAGCUCGAUCGUACAAAACAAAAUUGUUACUCCGCUAGAUAUUGCACUGGAUCUAGUGAUGCAGCACGUGUACUGGGUCGACACAUAUCUAGACGCGGUACAGCGCGUAAAUUAUGACGGCAGCGGUCGCUGGUUUCCGAAACGCAGCACAAACUUUCUGUUCAACUUUCAAACGCUCUACGCGUUGGACGUGUUCGAACGAACGAUCUAUCUAGCGUCCUGGCAGAAUGGUAGCAUAUUGGCGCUAAACGGUAGCACCGGUGAAGCCCGAGUCGUUGUCCCUAAUGCAUCCCAUGCUGUACACUUGCACGUGUUUCAUAGACAAAAGCAGCCGGAAGUGGCGCAUCCAUGUCGCAUACAAAACGGUGGCUGCGAUCAGUUAUGCAUACCGGUGUGGAAAAAAAUCGGUGUAGCCAUUGCGCAAUGUAUGUGUUCACCGGGUUACCGGUUAAAAACCAAAUCGCAGUGCGUACUCAUCAAAAGGCCAACUUUUAUGCUGUAUGCCAAAUCGAACCCCGCCAUGAUACGUGGGUUUGCUGUCGGUAUCAAGUCGCAGGAAGCCAUUGUGCCCGUUACCAAUCUCGGCGCUCACAUCACGUUUGACUACCAUGUAGAAGACCAGUUAAUUUUCUUCUCCCACAGCAAUAAAGACUCUCCUUCGUUUCGAAUUGAAGCACAAAAAUUGGACGGUACUGAGCGAGAACUGAUACUAGAAAGUCCUGGAUCGUGUGAUGGGAUUUCGUACGAUUGGUUAGGUAACAACAUAUUUUGGACGGAUUCGGACAGAAACCACAUUUCUGUCGUAAAGCUAGGAUCUAAACGGUCGCGCUACACGAUACUACGACAUCUCUACGCACCCAAAUCAAUUGUGGUGGAUCCAAAGCAAGGCUGGAUGUACUGGUCAUCGUGGUCGGUUCCCAGUGGACGUAUUGAUCGUGCGUGGAUGAAUGGUUCCCAACCGGAACUGUUGGUAAGCAGUAAGGAACGCCCAAUAGAGUGGCCAACGGGGCUUUCACUAGAUACGAUCCAGAAGCGGUUAUACUGGUGCGAUGCACGCCUCAGCGUGAUUGAAAGCGUUAAUCUAGAUGGAAGCAAUCGAGUGCUGCUCUUCGAUGGACAAUCACAAAACCGAUUUCCCAUCGCCUUAGCCGUCCAUCGUCAGCUGGUGUAUUUCGCUGAUAAUGUAAAGGGUCACAUCGAGAAGCUGAACUUGAGCGAUCCACUAGCGUUGGAAACAAUUGCAAUAGAAAAACCACAAGUGUUGGGUCUUAAGAUCUUCGACAACCUUACCCAGUACGGAGGUAACGGAAGAAAUGCUUGCGAAAUAGACUGUCCUGGCAUCUGCUUGAAUACUCCCAUUGCGGUUGCCACCUGUAAAUGUGAAGAUGGUCAAAUAUUAUCGCUUUCAACCGACGGAAAGCCAGCUGCCUGUGUACCGUUCAAUCUGCAACACACGCAGGAGACUUGUAACAGCAGCACGCAUUUCAUGUGUCGUAGUAAAAUCGACUGUAUUGAAAUCAAAUAUACCUGUGAUGGCGAUAGAGACUGCGAGGAUGGUAGCGAUGAGGAAACUACACCUGAUGGACCGUGCGAUCCGAACUGCGAUCUGGAGCAUAAUUUCAAGUGCGACGAGCAGCGAUGCAUUAGCCGAUCGCAUGUCUGCGACGGUUCGGUCGACUGUAUCGAUGAAAGUGAUGAAGAUUACAUCAACUGUCCCAACAAAACGUGCAGCGAGCAUUUCUUUCAGUGUGAAAUCAGUCAUCGGUGCAUACCGAACACUUGGGUAUGCGAUCGACAUCUCGACUGUGGACCGAACGACAAUUCGGACGAGCCAGAACACUGCCACAAAUGUCCGGAGUUUGAGUGCAAAAAUUCUGCCUGCCUGCCGUUUGAAUUUCUCUGCGAUGGUGUAGAUAACUGUGGUGACAAAUCCGAUGAAUCACAGUGUGACGUUGACUGUGGUGCGAAUGAAUUUUUCUGUAGCCCUCACGGUUGCAUCGAUCGUUCGCUGAUGUGCGAUCCUAAGCUCAACUGCUUGAAUGCAUUCCACGAGUGUGACAAACUUCCCAAGGCUGGGGCCAAUGCAACAACCUACCCUAACAUCCCUGUUCGCUCGGAGUCGGAACUAAAGGAUCUCUGCAGGCAGGAUCUUAAGAUAGUUUGCGGUUUAGACAAACAGUGCGAGGAAAACUAUAACCGGGCGUGCCAGCGAAUGGAAUUUAAACCAUUCAAUGAAACGGUGACCUGUCACCAUCCCGACCGGCUGUGUCGGAUUACGAACAAAUGUAUAAAUGUAACGCAACUUUGCAACGGUCGAACCGACUGUCCCGAUGGGACGGAUGAAGGAUUUCGCUGCGCCGAAAAAAUAUGUGAUACGUCUAACGACUGUUCCCACGCGUGCCAUAAUGCCCCGGAGGGCUUGGUAUGUUCCUGUCCGCCGCAUUUAUUUCUGCAACCAAAUGGACGUGACUGUGGGCAUGAUCAUGCCUGUGACAGAUGGGACACCUGCUCGCAAGUGUGCACGAAAGCUGGAACACACUAUCGAUGCGAAUGUGUUGAAGGGUACACGCUCAUGUACGAUAAGUUUACCUGCCGCAGUAACAACGGUGAUUCGCCGUACGUUAUUUUCAGCAACCGACAGGAGAUCCUUGGUGUCGAUCUGAACACGCUUGGUGUUAGAAGUUUCUACACCUCGUUGCGCAACACGAUCGCAUUAGAUUUCCUUUACCGGAACGAUACCAUCCAGAUAUUCUGGUCGGAUGUGAUGGACGACAAGAUCUACCGUGGUACGUUGAAGAACGACACGUUAAGUCACGUCGAAGCAGUAGUUCAAUCAGGGCUAUCGACAGCCGAAGGUCUUGCGGUGGACUGGAUCGGGAUGAACAUCUACUGGAUCGAUUCAAACCUCGACCAAAUCGAGGUGGCCAAAACCAAUGGAAGCUUCCGGAGAACACUAGUGGCCGGUGAUAUGGUGAACCCCCGUGCAAUCGCGCUUGAUCCGAUGGAAGGCGUCCUGUUUUGGACCGACUGGGAGGAAGGUUCACCAAGGCUUGAACGUUGCACGAUGGCCGGAGAAAACCGUACGGUGAUCAAAUACGUAGAAUCGGAUGGUGGUUGGCCGAAUGGAAUCGCGCUGGACUACAUUCCAAGGCGUGUGUACUGGAUCGAUGCACGGUCGGACUCGAUUCACACGAUCACCUACGAUGGGCUGGAUCAUCAUCUCGUGAUCAAGGAUCAAGGUGUACUGGCACAUCCGUUCAGUAUAACCGUGUUCGAUAACUACGUGUACUGGACCGAUUGGCGAACGUACUCCGUCAUUCGGGCAAACAAAUGGAACGGCACGGAUGUUACAGUGAUACAAAAGACACAAAGUCAACCGUUUGGUAUACAAAUCCUACACUCCAGCCGGCAGCCAAACUCCCAGCCAAACCCGUGCGCCGUCAACAAUGGAGGGUGUUCGCAUCUGUGCCUGCUGAGCGUUGGUUUGCGUCAUGAGUGCGCUUGUCCACAUGUGAUGCGUCUUCACGAGGACCGUAUGCAGUGCGUUCCGAAUGAGGAAAUAUUGCUCUUUGUCGUACUGACAGAAAUUCGUGGUGUUGAUCUGCAACAGCCAGCGCAUUACACGAUACCGACCAUCAGUCACCAGACGCAAGUUGUACAACCUGCCGUACUGGAUUAUGAUAUCAGUGCUGCGCGGCUGUAUUGGAACGAUAUACAGUUAAAUGAGAUCAAAUCAUCCGGUUUGGCGACGGGCCCGAUCGAGACGAUCCUCGAUACGGACAUUUCCCAUUCAUUGGGAUUUGCUGUGGAUUGGAUUUCAAAGCUGCUCUACUUUUCUACCGGUAACGAAACACACAGUCGCAUUAUGGUUAGCAAUCUAAAUGGCGAAUACGUGACAGAAAUUGCUGAUGAUUUGACCCUAGUUAACAGUCUCGUAGUGUAUCCGACAAGAGGUAUGAUGUACUUUGCAACGAUGAGUGAAACACCGAAAUUGUACGAACUGUAUGCCAGUCGUAUGGACGGAUCCGAGCGACAGUUGAUCAGUAAUUCAACUUUCUAUCCAGUCGACAGUUUGGCACUCGAUUUUGAAACAAAUCGAUUGUACUACAUUUCAUCUAGAGCGGGAGAAAUCUACUACUACGACAUUGGAAGUGGCAAAAUCAUUAAAGUACUUCCAUCUCAUGAAGACAGUCAUCCUAUCAGCACAAUUACGAUAUACCGCGAUUCGAUCUAUUACGACGACAAUCAAGAUGGCCGUAUCAUGCGCUGCAACAAAAACCUUUGCCAAAAUCCUGUCUCCGUGCGAAACAAUACGAGCGGUCUGAAUGCGAUCCGAAUGUAUCAUCCCGGAGCGCAGAGUGGUACCAACUCGUGUCAAAAGCGAACGGACGGUAGCUCAGCAACGGGCUGCGCACAUCUCUGCAUUCCGGUGUCCGCACAAAGCCACGUGUGUCGCUGUGCGAUCGGAUAUAAAAGCGAUCCACGUAACGCAUCACGCUGCAUCGGAUUGGAUGACGUGUUGGUGUAUUCGAUGGGACAUCAGCUCAAGGGUAUUGCACUGGCACUACCUGAGGUAACAACGGGCAGUCAGGCGCGACAUCAAGAUACACUUGGACCGCUGCAGCAAAUUUCGCUGGCUACAAGCAUCGAUUUUCAUGUAGCGCAGGACUAUGUGUACAUCGCCGACACGGACCGGGGAUCAAUCACGCGCAUCAAGCGUGAUGGCAGUGCGCGGGAAGUAAUUAUAAGCAACUUCGAACAGGUGGUCGAUGGCAGCACGCUCGACUGGCUAGGCGGUAUAGCAAUCGAUUGGGUGGCCGAGAACAUUUAUUGGACGGACCAGAAACGAAACUUGGUAGAAGUGGCACGAUUGAACGGAAGUCUUCGGUAUGUGGUCGCCUCGGACGUGGAAAGCCCACAGUUGUUGGCUAUUGACCCGAUACAGGGUUAUCUGUUCUAUGUCACUCGCGGAACGAUCGGCCGGAUGGGAUUGGAUGGAUCGGGAAACUUUAUCCUCGUUAACCGUACCGCUGGCAUUAGUGAUCUCGCGCUGGACCUGGAAAACCAGGUCGUUUAUUGGUGCGAAACGAGCACCGAUACCAUCUGGAAGGUGGAUUAUGAUGGCAACUUGAAACGGCUGUUGUUGAACGGUACCGCACACAAUCCGAAAUCGUUGGACCUGUUUGCGGACUCGAUUUACUGGGCAGAUUCGCGUGGAAACAUAUACCAAGCUGGUUUGAGUAACGUUUUCAACUACAGAACUGUGGUGGAAGCGUUGGAAGUAUCGUUACUGAAAGAUAUUAAAAUAUUCUCCAGCCGUAAGCAAAGCAAAACGAAUGCCUGCGGUUCAGCGAACGGUGGCUGUCAAGAGCUUUGCUUAUUUAACGGCACCCAUCCCAUAUGUGCCUGCUCGCAUGGUAAAAUAUCACCGGUCGAUUUAAAGACUUGCGAACCGUACGAAAAUUUCUUGCUCUUCUCGCGCCAAUCAGCGAUUGAAAGCAUACACAUGACGGACGCAGGCAAUAUAAAUGGUCCUAUACCGGAAAUUAAGAAUGCGUCCUAUCUCAAAAACACGAUAGCGCUGAGCUACGACUACGACCAGCAAUUAAUUUUCUAUUCCGACAUCGACCACAGCACAAUCAACUGUGUAUACUUUAACGGCACCGAACACCGGCGUAUCGUCACAAAGCAACUGACCGUGGAAGGUCUUGCCUUCAACGUGCUCACUCGUGUGCUCUUUUGGACAUCGAACAAUGAGGCAGCCAUUCGAUCACUGGACCUGAACAAUGCUUCCCUAUCCGAUCCGGUUGCAAACGCAGCGCUGGUGCAAGAUGUAAUAAAACUCCGUGCUACAGACAAACCACGCGGUAUCGCCGUUGAGCCGUGUCUGGCGAUGGUGUACUGGACCAACUGGAACCAGCAAGCCGCCUCAAUACAACGUGCAUAUCCUUCCGGCUAUGGGUUGGAAAGUAUCAUCACGAGUGACAUCCAAAUGCCGAACGCUCUGACGCUGGAUUACCAAGCGCGUAAAUUAUACUGGGCCGAUGCGUUUCUGGACAAAGUCGAACGUGCGGAUUACGAUGGAAAGCACCGUGUGGUGUUGGCACAUUCUACACCGAAGCAUCCGUUUGCACUGGCCGUGUUUGGCGAUCUGCUCUUUUGGACUGAUCUUACCGUGCACGCGGUUGUACGGGCAAACAAAUACUCCGGCAGCGAUAUUGUGCUGUUGCGCCGAGAUAUUGCUCAACCGAUGGGCAUCGUGGCGGUGCAAAAAAUAGCCAAGGAAUGUGCCGCCGAUCCGUGCCAGGUUAUGAACGGGUUCUGCGAAGACACAUGUUUAACGGAUGCCGCAGGGAAGGUGGAAUGUCAUUGUACGCAAGGAGUGCUCGCAUCCGAUGGCCAACGUUGCAUUCCGAAAUCGAUGAGCAACUGUUCGUCGACCGAAUUUAGCUGCACCAACGGUAACUGCAUUCCGUUUCAUCUUACAUGCGAUUCCAUUAAGCAAUGCUUGGACGGAUCGGAUGAGCUAGCGACGUUCUGCGCUCACCGACCAUGCCCGACCGGCUUUUUCCGCUGCAACAAUGCGCGUUGUAUACCGCAGAAUCAGCAGUGCAACCACAUACAGAAUUGUGGCGAUGGAAGCGAUGAGAUUGGAUGCAGUUGCAACAAUGCAACACACUUUCGUUGCGCAAAUGGUCAGUGCAUCGUCAAGUCGAUGCGUUGCGACAAUGAACCCGACUGUAAGGACGUUUCGGAUGAGAUCGGGUGCCUGGUAAUGCGUAACUGUAUGACCGGAUUUAUCAAAUGCGCCAACACGACUGCCUGCUACAUGCCGACCUGGCGCUGUGACGGUGAGAACGAUUGUUGGGACAACUCGGACGAGCAGGAUUGUCCGACGUCCGUUCCAACCUGCCCGGAGGAUAAGUUCCUGUGCGCGAAUGGGCGCUGUAUACCGCAGUCGUGGCGCUGUGAUGACGAGGACGAUUGUACGGAUGCGACCGGAGGAGGUUUAAGUUCGGACGAGGUAGCUUGCGUGAAGCAUUGCAAACCGAACCAAUUCAAAUGCACCAACACGUCUGAGUGCAUCUCGAACAGCUGGCAGUGUGAUAGACAUCCGGACUGUGCGGAUGGUUCGGACGAGGGUGAGCACUGUUCGAGGCGUGACUGUCCCGAAACGGAGUUCCAAUGUCCGACGACGAACCGUUGCAUUCCGCAGAAGUGGGUCUGUGACGGUGAUGUUGAUUGCGGUGCAACGCAGGACGACGAGAUGGGUUGUGAUGAAAUGAUGAUGAACGAGUGUGAUAAAACUUCGUUUACCUGUACGAAUGGUGAGUGCAUCAGUCUGCUGCACGUGUGUGAUGGAGAACAGGACUGUGUGGAUGGUUCGGAUGAACCACUGUACUGCAAGGAAGGGGACGAUGGCUACGACGAUGAGGAAGGUGCCAGCGUGUUUGAUCUGCUGUGUGGCCAUCCGGACCAGUUCCGCUGUAAUAACGGCAAAUGCAUCGAACGCAAUCUCACCUGCAACGUGAACGACGACUGUGCGGAUGGGUCGGAUGAAGAUAUACGGUUGUGUCGCAAUACAACGCUCAUCUGCGCCGGGCCUGAUCUGUUCCGGUGUGAAAGUGGUGCCUGCAUUGUUAGCAGUAUGUUGUGCGACGGUGCAAAUGAUUGUGGCGAUUGGAGUGACGAGAAAUCGUGCCGGAUCAACGAGUGCACCAUGAUUCCGGAUCUGUGCGCACACGACUGUGAAGAUCUUCCCGUCGGCUAUGAGUGCGUUUGCAGGAAAGGAUUCCGGGUCAAUGUUCAUGACAAGCAUCUGUGUGUGGAUGUGGACGAGUGUACGGAACAACAACCACGACCGUGCACCCAAACCUGCGUCAAUACGUACGGUUCUUACCACUGUUCGUGUUUGGAAGGCUUUGUGCUGCGGGACAAUGAUACGUGCCGUGCCGAUGGCGAUCAAAUCAUCGCACCUAAGUUGAUCUUCUCCAACCGAUACUAUCUGCGUGAAGUGGAUUUAGGCGGUGGGAUGACAAUCCUAGCGCACAAUCUAACCAACGCCAUAACCCUGGACUUUGAUUGGGUGGAUAAAUGUUACUAUUGGUCUGAUGUUACGCGCACGGUUACUACAAUCAAGCGCAUGUGCGACAGAAGCGAAGGUGAGGAAGACAAUCGCACCAUCGAGGUGGUACAUAGAACAAACUUGAAAAAUCCCGAAGGUUUGGCGAUCGAUUGGGUGGCUCGGAAUUUGUACUGGUGCGAUAAAGGGCUCGACACGAUCGAGGUAUCGAAGCUGGACGGACGGUUUCGCAAGGUGUUGGUUAACGAGGCGCUGCAGAAACCACGAGCCAUUGCGCUCGAUCCCUAUCGGCGCAACAUGUACUGGACCGAUUGGGGCGAUCAACCGCACAUCGGUCGAGCCGGCAUGGAUGGAAGUAAUCAAACGAUCCUCAUCAAGGAGCAGCUCGGUUGGCCAAACGCACUCACGAUCAGCUUCGAGACAAACCAACUGUUUUGGGGUGACGCCAGGGAAGAUUAUAUUGCCGUGAGUGAUCUGGACGGGCAGAAUGUGCGGAUACUGCUAACCCGUACACGACAGCCGACACUCAAUUUGCAUCACGUGUUCGCGAUUGCCGUAUGGGAGGAUCGCAUCUACUGGUCGGAUUUGGAUUCCAAGUCCAUCGAGUACUGUCACAAAUUUCGGGGAGAUGCUUGCGGUACGCUCAUCAACACAAUACAUCGCCCUAUGGACAUACGAAUCUAUCAUCCGUACAGACAGAAACAGCCUGCGGUUAAUCCAUGCGACACAGCCGGAUGUCAAACGUUGUGUGUCCUUUCGCCCGAACCAGCCGGGUACCGAUGCCUUUGUCCGGAUAACUUCGUCCUGGCUGCGGACGGUAAGAGAUGUACGGCUAAUUGCUCUGCCGCACACUACCAGUGUCGGGAUACGUUCAAGUGCAUUCCAUUCUAUUGGGUCUGUGACAAGCAGGAUGACUGUGGGGACGGAAGUGAUGAACCAUCGGACUGUCCCACGUUCAACUGCGAAGCGGGCCAAUUCCAGUGCCUCAACAAACAUUGUAUUAAUCCGAGCCAAAUCUGUGAUGGUAUCAACCAGUGUGGCGAUCUGUCGGACGAGCGUGAUUGCGAUCGGUUUGAAUGCUUCAGUUCUCACUUUAAGUGUAGCUCGUCGGCGGCGAAAAAUACGAGCGCAUUCUGUAUAGAAGGUGCACGCCGCUGCGAUGAAAUAGUUAACUGCCCGAACGGUGAAGAUGAGCAGGACUGUGAGCCGAAAAAUUGUACCUCGACCCAGUUCCGGUGCGCCAACGGAGGCAAAUGCAUUGACCGUACGUGGGUGUGCGAUAACGUGCCGGACUGUCACGAUGGUUCGGAUGAGCAGGUAUGUGGUCCAGGUACCACAUGUCCCGAGAACGAAUUCCGCUGCAGCGAAGGUCGCUGCAUACCGAAGUCGUGGCUGUGUGACGAUGAAAAGGACUGCGUGAAUGGAGAAGAUGAGACAGAAAACUGCCAGAAGGCGGAAGCGAUUACGUGCGAACCGACAAACUUCCGAUGCAACAACUCCAAAUGUAUACCAGGAAGGUGGCGCUGCGAUUUCGAAAACGAUUGCGGCGAUAACUCGGACGAGAUGAACUGUGAGCUGCGUAACUGUUCCGAGUCGGAGUUUCGUUGCCGCGACGGACAUUGCAUACGGGGUAUUCGACGUUGCGACAACGAGUUCAACUGUGCUGACCAUAGCGAUGAGGAAAACUGCAACGUUACCUGCGGUGCGAACCAGUUCAAGUGCAAGAAUCAUCCAGCCUGCAUUAGCAACAAAUUUAAAUGCGAUGGCGAUAACGACUGCAUCGAUGAAUCGGACGAAGAAGACUGCGAAUGUAAGGAGGGCGAGUAUCGUUGCAAUAAUGGCAAGUGCAUUCUCAGCAGUUGGGUAUGUGAUGGCAUUGACGAUUGUCUGGAUAACUCGGACGAAAUGGGCGAAUACUGCAAGGAGAACGGUUGCAACAAGCGUGCCUUCCGUUGCGCCAAUCGUAACUGCAUACGCAAGAGCUUGAUGUGCGAUAACAAGGAUGAUUGUGGAGAUAACAGUGACGAGAAGAGCGCACUGUGCCAGAAGUGUCCACCAAAUUCGUUCCGGUGUAGCAGCGACUCGAAGUGCAUCGACAUGGCGUUACGUUGCGACCAAACCCCACACUGUCUAGACGAGUCCGAUGAGAUUGGAUGUAUCAAAACAGGAUGUGGGUUUGGUGCAUGCAGUCAGGUUUGCGUGGAGAAGAAGGGCCACUAUACCUGUCGCUGCGCAGAGGGAUACGUAAAGAGUGGGCCGGGACGCAAUGCAACGUGCGUUGCAAUCGACGAGCAAGGCAUAUUGCUGGUGGCAUCGGAGUCUGAUUUCCGUAGUCUCUACAUAGACACACCGGUUAUGGGAUACUUGCAGACUUCUUCAUUAAAGAUAGAUCGGUUCGAUUUUGCAAUUACCCGCCACAAUAUUACACUGUUCUGGAUCGACAGCUACGAUGCGAGCAUCAAUAAGAUAUUCAUGGACACGACGGUCAAGGAUGGAGACUACUCACAGCCACCGGCCAAUAAGAAGAAACACUCCCGCCGGGAUCUUCCAGCGCCAGCACCUCCAUCCUACGAUCGUAUCAAAACGUUGGACGGUAAACAUUCAUCGGUCGUGCUAAAAGAUAACGACACCGCACCAAUUGCGAUAGCGUGCGAUUGGCUAACGGAACGGCUGUACGUAAUCAAUAAAAACCGCAGCAAUAUCUUUGUGAUGAGCUUCAACGGAACCAAUCAUACCACGCUGACUGCUACCGGGAAGCAUCCGAUAGAUCUGGUGGUAGAUCCGACGAGCGGGAUUAUGGUGUGGUCCAUCAUGGAAACGAUAAUCAGCUCGGGUAUGGACGGUCGCGGCAAGCAAAAGCUGGUGCAUACCAAUGUGGAGUGGGCUUCUGGGUUAGCCAUCGAUACAAUUACGAAACGAUUAUACUGGGCAGAUUACAGAAAAUCAACUAUCGAAACGUGCCUUCUGUUAACCGGUGGCGAUCGCCAUAUCAUCGCCGAGCUGCAUGAUUACUCCAAACCAAAGCUGCUGGAUGUGUUCGAAGACAGCGUGUACGUGAUACUAUACAAUCAGAACAUACUGAAGCUGAACAAGUACGGCCGGGACAAUGGAACGUACAUGAACGAGGAAGCCCGUGUUGCUGGUGGUUCCGGUGGCUAUAGGUCCUCCGAUGUUCACUUCAUUCAUCCGUUAAAACAUGACCGAAGUAUUCCUAAUCCAUGUGUGAUGCACCCAUGUCACAAUACGACCGUAUGUCUGCUGUCAACCGAAAACCGUCUGAAGCGUAGCUGCAUCUGUACGGAUGCAAGAGCUCGGGCAGUAUUUGACGAUCGUGGCGAAGUGAAGGAAUGUCUCGAGGCAACUGCUCAGACACCAGAGUGCAAACUACACUGUAACUACGGCACCUGUUACAUCGAUUCCGAUGGCCAGCAGAAAUGCAAGUGUUCUUCAAGCUUUGACGGCAAAUAUUGCGACCAUUAUAUCUGUUCCGGAUACUGCAAGAACAAGGGCUUUUGUGAGAUUAUCAACAACGAGCCGAAAUGCACGUGUCUGCCGCAAUGGACGGGCAAUCGGUGUGAUAUUUCCACUAACAAAUGUCAACGAUACUGUCACAAUGGUGGAAAUUGCACGAUCGUACAGCGUGAUGGUGGUACGCUCAGCUGCAGCUGUCCGGCCGGAUAUACUGGGGAGCAGUGUGAGCAUUGUUCGAAUUUGCGGUGUGAAAAUGGAGGAGUCUGUCGGAAGACAACCACCGAUCGCAGCCAGUGUCUGUGUGCUGAAGGGUACGUUGGGCGCAAUUGCGAAAGGAAUGUAUGUACUGCAUUUUGUGAAAAUGGUGGCGAAUGUACGAUCGAGCGUGGUGCAGCGAAAUGUAGCUGUCCAGAGAACACGUACGGUGAACGAUGUCAGCUUCGGGAAUGUCUGGAUCUAUGCCGAAAUGGAGGAGACUGUGUGCCGGGCGAGCGACCGUACUGUAAGUGCCGCCAGGGAUACGAAGGUUCUUACUGUGAGCAUGAUCUGUGUGAGCUGCCAGAAGAAACGCGUCCAAGCUAUUGUUUGCUAAUAAGACCCACCACAGAACCUGCCUCACAUCCACCAUCAAGCUCGUGCGCUUCGUUUAGUUGCAAUAAUGGCGGCCACUGUUUGGAGGUUCGUGGAAUGCCUAUUUGCAACUGCACAAUGCAGUACGCCGGUGAGCACUGCGAAAAUUACGUGACGUACCGUAAUCCGUGCAACAAUUUCUGCUUCAACAAUGGCAUAUGCCGGUUGGAUCUGUUCUCCUCACCCAAUGGGACCUACAUACCUUCGUGUGUGUGUAUCGGCGAAUGGACGGGCAAGCAAUGUGAUCGACCGCCGCGAUGUGUUGGUGAUUGCGGUACCUGCAUCGAGGGCAGCUCCAUCAAUGAAUGCACUUGUGAGGAUAACGAAAUCAGCACCUGCUUACAGGAGGUUUCACUCAGCGAACUCGAGCGUAUGGACCAGAAUGGAUCCAGUUUCACACUGUCGGUUCUAGCGAUCGUGCUAUUUGCAAUACUCAUAAUAGCCGCCGGCCUUGGUGGUACUUUCUACGGACUGAGAAGAAGACGCACAGGGCAACCAUUCCUGCAUGCUAGGUUGACGGACAAUGUGGAAAUAACAAAUCCAAUGUAUCUUGGCGAUGCCGACGAAGGACCGGCAUUUGUACACGAAGAUGAUAAGGUGCACUUCGGUAAUCCGGUGUACGAGCAGAUGUAUGCCGGGAGUGUGAAUGUGCAUAGCGAUUCGUCAACGAUCGCUGGAAACAGUGCACAUCCGCUGCUAACCACUAGCUCCACCGCACCGGAAGAGAAGAAAGGUCUUCUUCAGCAUCCUCAGGAAGACACGAUUGCGGCCGAUUUGUUAUGAUGUCGAACGAAAUAGUAGCAGUUGCUGAAGCGACGGUUUUAGGCUAUUAUCUUCGCCCAAAAACCGUCGUGGCUGGUGGAUUUGCCUUCCAGUAACCACAGCAUCGCUACUAACGCACGUUAACGAUGAUUCUAAGGAAAGGGUACUAAAUGCUUUAGUUACCUUUUGUGUUUUGUUUUUACUAUUGAACAAUAACGAAAUGGCUAUAAAGCAUGCGGAAAAACGCGUGGCCUUAAGUGAGUUACGCGCUAAACAGCCACAAACAAAAAUCGCAUCACCACGAGCUUUAAUGAAAUGAUUUUGUAUUUAACGUUCCAUGUUUAAGUUUAAUGCUAAGUCAAUAAGGCAAGGUUAAGAGACGGAUGUAUAGUUAGAUAGCGAAGGCGACAAGGAGAACGAUGGAAAGCGUGAGAAAUUAAACAUUUUGUAGUAAUUUAUAGAAAGGAGGUGCUCUCUUCUUCAACGUUGUGCAGCUGUUCCCUCAUACGUGAAGCUUUCAUAUUAAUUUCAUUUUUUUACAACUAAUCAACACCAGGCUAGAUGUGAUGCACCUGAAGAGAUUUCUUAUGUUUAAAGUCUGUUUCAGGCAGGGAACGAACGGGCGAACAACUCAGACAUUAACAAUAAUAGUAAUAGUUAAGCUUAUGAAACGGAAGUAGCGUGCGGCUUUGCCAGAUAAAUGUUGUGUACAUAGUGUUGUGUCGGAUAGCUCAUUUGGGUGAACUCUGCGUAUUUUUUCACGGCGCUAAGCUUGCUCAUAAUUCCUCCGAAGGUAUAGACCCAAUAGGCCUAUAGCUAUUAGCUAGCUCAGGGUAUCAUUUUAGUUACAUUUUUCUUGUUAUUUAUGCGGUGAAAUUAUGAUCAAACAUAUUACUAUUAGACACUAUCGAUGGUUUGUUUAUGUACGAUGAUGUAUAAACAAGUCUUCGUCUCUUGCCUUUCAUUGAAAUCUUUUUCGGAUGCAUUAGCUGCUUCCGAUAUUCUUGUGGUUACAUCAAAUCAUAGUAUACAGCAUGUUUUGGAGGAUUCUGGUGCAAUCGCCAAAGAAUUG